GUGCAGGGGGCAGAGCAGCCAUGGCAGACGACCACGAGGAGCUGCAGGCGGACGAGGAGCCGCCGGUGGCCGAGGAGGCCGAGGACAGCUUUGAGCAGCUGGAGAAUGACAGCCCCGCUGAGCGCAGUGGCCACGUGGCUGUCACCGAUGGGCGCUGCAUGUACGUCUGGGGAGGCUACAAGAAUGCCCAAGUUCGGGGAUUUUAUGACUUCUACCUGCCUAGGGAUGAGAUAUGGAUCUACAACAUGGAAACUGGGAGAUGGAAGAAGAGCAAAACAGAGGGAGAUAUUCCCCCCUCCAUGUCUGGGAGCUGUGCUGUGUGUGUGGACAGGGUCGUGUACCUCUUUGGAGGGCACCACGCACGUGGCAACACGAACAAGUUCUACAUGUUAAAUUCCAGAUCCACAGACAAAGUGCUGCAGUGGGUCAGAGUGGAGUGCCAGGGGGUGCCUCCCUCAUCCAAGGACAAGCUUGGUGUAUGGGUGUACAAAAACAAGCUAAUAUUUUUUGGAGGCUAUGGCUAUUUUCCUGAGGGGAAACCACGAGGAACCUUUGAGUUUGACGAAACCUCUUUCUGGAAUUCAGGUCUUCCUCGAGGCUGGAAUGACCACGUGCACGUUCUGGACACUGAGACUUUUACCUGGAGCCAGCCCAUAACGACGGGUAAAACUCCAUCCCCACGAGCUGCUCACGCCUGUGCCACAGUUGGGAACAGAGGUUAUGUGUUUGGAGGCAGAUACAGGGAUUCCAGGAUGAAUGACCUUUACUACCUGAACCUGGACACGUGGGAGUGGAAUGAAAUACUCACACAAGGUCUCUGCCCCGUGGGCCGAUCGUGGCAUUCCUUGACACCCAUUUCCUCAGAUCACCUCUUCCUCUUUGGAGGAUUCACCACUGACAAGCAGCCCCUGAGUGAUGCCUGGAUUUAUUGCAUCAGCAAGAACGAGUGGAUCCAGUUCGAGCAUAACUACUCUGAAAAACCAAGGCUGUGGCACACAGCUUGUGCCAGUGAGGAGGGAGAGGUGAUUGUCUUUGGGGGCUGUGCCAACAACCUACUUGCCCAUUCUAAAGCUGCUCACAGUAAUGAAAUCCUUGUGUUUUUCCUACAACCAAGAUCUCUUGUAAGGCUGUGCCUGGAAGCAGUGAUCUGCUUCAAGGAGAUGCUGGCCAGCUCCUGGAAUUGCCUCCCCAAGCACUUGCUGCACAGCGUCAACCAGCGCUUCGGCAGCAACAACACCUCAGGCUCCUGA